UUUUCAAUAAUAUUACAAUUUGUAAUUUACAAAAUGACAAAGUUACUACAAUGGCUCUGCUUUUUGGGGCUAAUUUUUACGAUAUGGAUAAGCUUAUUAACAGAUAUUCUUCCUUUCAAAAUAAGCAAGAACGUCAAAGAUGUAGUUUUACCGGUAUGGAUAAAAAUUGAGCGAUAUACACCUUGUAUCUUUGGAAAUUUUACAUCAAAUUAAUAAAAACCAUUUUCAACGUGGCAUGUAUACAAAUGUUAGGCUUCUCUUGCGAGAACAGAAUAAUUUGAUUAUUUUGUUUUAAUUUUAUUUAGUUUCCUUUCUACAUGGUGAUAGUUUUUGGGGUAAGAGAUUUGUUUAUGCAGUUGAAUUUCAAUUCAGUACCACCCCCACCCCCCUACCUCAACAUUUUGUUGAAGACUGUGUAAGUGCAUAUCCCCACCACCCCCAUGCAGAAUUUGCAACCGUAGACAAGUCAGAAUGGUUCAGUAUUUAUUAUAUUCUAGUGAUUAAUUAUCCAAACUUCCGAGGGUACACCCCCCUGGAAAAUAUGUUCCACCCUUACCAGACAAAGUGUAAUUACUCUGUAAUAAUAAGGCCAUGACACAGAAUAGGAACCUUACAGAAGGUUGACUUCUUGGUUUUGCCUAUGAUUUUGGCAUAACCAUUGCAAUGCUAUCGCCAUUGUCCUAGUCAGUGUGCUUAUGAGAGGCAUUAACCACCCUACCCUGGAUUCCAGAGCCUUCGACAGUAAAUAAUAAAUUGAAAUGUCGCGAAGGCUCUGGUUCAACGGGGCGAUUCUUUGAUUAAACCGCGCCAAUCACAAAACAGAAUUAGUGGAUUACUAAAACCACUAAUUCUGUUUUGUGAUUGGCACGGUUUAAUCAAAGAAUCGCCCCGUUGAACGAGAGCCUUUGCGACAUUCCAAUUUAUUAUUUACUGUUGAAGGCUCUGGAAUCCAGGGUAUCACCACCCUCAAAAUAUUCAAAAUGCAGACUUUCAGGGGGGUGAAUGCUUGUUAUAAGCACAUUGGCUAGGAACAUGGUGACAGCAUUUUGAUGACGAAUCAUUGCGUGGCAGCGGUUAUUUUCGGCAGAGUCAACCUUCUGUUUGUGUCUAUUCUGUGGCCAUCAUGUGUUUCUUCUUAUCAUUUGCUAAUGGCUGGCUUUAUGUCUUGUUAUAGUGUUACUCUCUGAUAGUAAUUGGUUAUAGGGUACUAACUUUCAAUGAUUGCGAAGAUGCUGCUGAAUCGUUAAGAAAGGUAUAAGUUGCGCAUAUGUAAAUAUAUCCUUAGGCGUAAAAAAAAACAUGUGGUUCCGGUUCCCGACCGACCCUAUUUUUUCUGCCGACCCUAUUAUUUUUUGAACAACACGAUUGACUGUGCGACCCUAUUUUCUCCUGGUAGUUGCGGGCUACUGCCAAAAUGGCAUCUGUUGUCACACUAAUUAUUGAAAACACCAUGAAAAAAAUAUUCAAAAAAAAAUUUAUUUCCGACCUACCACAGGUUUUUUUUUACGCCUUAGUAUUUUGUUUAUUUAUAUUCUAAUUAAAUCCUGUCUAUUUCAAUGUUUUAGGAAAUACAAGAAGCCAGAAAAGAUUUGUCAAAAAAAGGCUUUAAGUUCGAAUAGAUUACAAUCUGCUAGUCAUAAUUAGAACCUUACUAUUAGAUAAAUAUGCAUCCAUGGACAUUGAAGACAUUCAUAAAAUAUAGAGUUAUUUAUAUGGCAAUAAAAAUAUAAGCAGACAAGAUUUUUUCAAUGUUUAUAAAUAUGCCCUUUUGAUAAUUACAUCAUUUGUGAAUACUUUCUUAGCCUGGGAGCUUAUAUCUUAACCUCUCCAUGAGGUCUUCUGGUCACAAAGAGAUUUAUGAAGUAAUUAUUGAAAGGGUGUAUAGUUAGCCACAGACAGUAAGAAUUUUAUGUCAGGGUUUAGCUCAUUAAAAGGUAAUAUGCUCUAUGGGUAUUGACAAACAUUAGAAAUGUAAUAAAGCUUAGUUAUGAUAAUGAACUUCUGUUUGGUAUGGUUUCACCAUGUAAUUCAAAAUUAAAAUACAAAUAAUAAAUUUAAAUACCACUACUGUUUUUUUCAUACGUUAGAUUUUAUAUUAUAUUUCAUUUUCUUAUAUACUGUAUAUAUCAUAUAUUCUUCAUUCACAGAACAAUGUAAUAAUUUGUUGAUAUUGAUUGAUAAUCAAUAAUAUUGAUCAAGUUGAUAAUCGAUUCUGAGUGAUUGAUUUGGACAUCAGAAGAGACCUGAAAAAGUUUUAAAUAUUUCGUUCACAAUAAGCUGAUCUUUCAUAACAUCUGGGCCUUCCUCUUCGUUUAUUCUGCUCAGACAUAUUCCAAGCUCGUUAUGUCGGUGUUUGUAUUCCGAGUAAUUUGUCGUUGUUAAAAUUGAAUGAAGCAAUGACAGGUACUCCGUCCUCAACUACAAAAGAACACAAUAUGUACAAUGAUGAUUCCAGCCGAGACGAAAUUUUGAUCUAGACAAAGAAGAACGAAACCAUU